AUGUGUAUAACCUUGUAUUUUGACUGCCCCUGCGUAUACUUGUUGAAUGGCUUAAAACAUUUGAACGAACAGAGACCCAAUUCGAGCUUCUGGACCAAGUAUUUGAACAAUUUGAGUUUGCUGCUCACUAAGGAGAUUGACAUUUCACAUUCAUUCGACUGGGGACUAGCAUCCCAAAUUGGACUUGAUGAGCUAAUCCGGUAUUUUUUGACAUACACUCACUUGGACACGAGUGGUGUGCCUUUGUUUGUAUGCCGAAGUUGGGACAAAUUGUUCAAGUUUCAGGAGCCUGCUUAUCGGGAAUUUUUGCUGGAGCUUUAUUCUACUGUUUCCUAUGAUCCUAGGAAGACACCUGAUGACAGGACAACUUUUUUCUUUCGACUUGCUGGUGUGAGUCGGGAGUGCAGCGCGAUUGAGCUUGCUACCAAAGUUGGGAUUUAUACUGCAGACGAGACGAGGAGUGUCCACUUCCCAACAUUCCUUGUUGAUUGUGUUACAACACGACCGAAUGACUACAAUGAAAAUACUUUUAGGGUUGAGAUUACUAGGGGAGUUUACAUACCAUCUACUGGUUUAGGGAAGAUGAUUCGGUCUACCACUUACAGAUUAUUGCAUCGUUUUGAUUUCUAUGUCUCCCACACAUCAUAA